AUGUCUUUGAAUAUUUUGGUUUUAGGUAAUGGUGGUAGGGAACAUGCUUUGGUGUGGAAACUAGCCCAGUCUCCUACCGUAAAGACCGUUUUGGUUGCACCAGGGAAUGGUGGAACAGCUUCUCUUGGAGGGAAAGUCAUCAACGUGCCCAGUUUAAGCCCAUCUCCAAAAGAAUUUGAUGCUUUGAAGAAGUUUUCCAUAGAAAAGGAAAUUGGGUUGGUUGUUCCAGGUCCCGAGCAACCUCUAGUUGAUGGUAUUUCCCAAGUUUUUAAGAGUUGUGGUAUUCCUGUAUUUGGCCCAAGUGCCGAAGCUGCCAUCUUUGAAGGUUCCAAAACUUUCUCUAAGGACUUUAUGCAAAAGCACAAUAUUCCAACUGCAAAAUAUGCCAAUUUCGAUGACUACGAAAAGGCCAAAGAAUACCUAGAAAAAGUCGACUAUCAAGUUGUGCUAAAAGCUGAUGGUAUCGCUGCUGGCAAAGGUGUUUUGAUCCCAACCACUAAACAGGAAGCUCAAGAAGCUUUGAAAGUUAUCAUGGUCGAAAAGCAAUUCGGUGAUGCUGGUAAUAGCGUGGUGAUCGAAGAGUUCUUGGAAGGUGAUGAAAUUUCUAUUCUAACAAUUUCAGAUGGAUACUCCUACUUCAAUUUGCCUCCUGCUCAAGACCAUAAGAGAAUUGGUGAAAAUGACACUGGAUUAAACACUGGUGGUAUGGGUGCUUAUGCCCCAGCUCCAGUUGCAACCCCAAAGCUGUUACAACAAAUUGAUAGGGAAAUUAUAAAGCCAAGUAUCGAUGGUAUGAGAAAGGACAAGCUUCCAUUUGUGGGUGUUCUUUUCACUGGUAUAAUUUUGACUAAGAAUGGUCCAAAAGUCUUGGAGUAUAACGUUAGGUUCGGUGACCCAGAAACUCAAACCGUUUUGCCUCUUUUGACUGAAGACACUGACUUAGCUGAAGUAUUCUUGGCUGCUGCUGAACACAGAUUAGACUCUGUUGAUAUAAAAAUCAACGAAGACUGUUUCGCUGCAACUGUUGUUCUUGCUGCUGGCGGAUACCCAGAAGCAUAUAAGAAGGGUGACGAAAUCACUAUUCUCAACACCAAAUUGCCAUCUAAUACAUACAUCUUCCAUGCAGGAACAAAGAGCGAAAACGGUAAAAUUGUGACAAACGGUGGUAGAGUCAUUGCAUCAUCUGCUGUUGCUCCAACAUUAAGAGAAGCCGUAGACAAAGCCUAUCAAGGUGUUGACGCAAUUGAAUUCAAAGACAAGUACUUCAGAAAAGAUAUUGCCCAUCGUGCAUUUAAAAAUUCUACCGUUUCUACAGGUAAAUCUAUCACUUACGCCGAAGCAGGUGUCUCCGUCGACAAUGGUAACAUGCUGGUCGAAAAGAUUAAGGCAACAGUAAAAUCUACUAGCAGACCAGGUACUGAUUCCGAUAUUGGUGGUUUCGGUGGUCUAUUUGACCUAAAAGCCGCUGGUUACGACACCAAUGAUACCCUUUUGGUUGCUGCUACUGACGGUGUUGGUACUAAAUUGAUUAUCGCCCAAGAAACUAACAUACACAAUACUGUUGGUAUUGAUUUGGUAGCAAUGAAUGUCAACGAUUUAGUUGUGCAGGGUGCAGAACCACUAUUAUUUUUAGACUACUUCGCUACAGGUGCCUUGGACAUCAAGGUAGCAUCGGACUUCGUUUCAGGUGUUGCUGCAGGAUGUAUUCAAGCCGGAUGUGCUCUAGUUGGUGGUGAGACCUCUGAAAUGCCAGGUAUGUACCCUCCAGGCCAUUACGACACAAAUGGUACUGCUGUUGGUGCAGUUAAUAAAAAUCAAAUCUUGCCUAAGAAGGAAGAGAUGACUGCAGGUAAUGUCUUGUUAGGUUUAUCUUCUGACGGUGUUCAUUCUAACGGUUUCUCCUUAGUAAGGAAGAUUAUUGAACAUGUCGGACUACCGUGGGAUUCUCAAUGCCCAUGGGACUCUUCCAAAUCUUUGGGUGAAGCUAUUCUCGUCCCAACUAGAAUAUAUGUCAAACAAUUACUUCCUUCUAUUAGAGAACAACUCUUGUUAGGGCUAGCUCACAUCACGGGUGGUGGUCUAGUAGAAAAUGUCCCAAGAGCUUUACCAAAACAUCUACAAGCUAAGAUUGAUAUGAAGACUUGGAACGUUCCUGAAGUAUUCAAAUGGUUCGGAAAGGCAGGUAAUGUUCCACUGGAAGAUAUUUUGAAGACUUUCAACAUGGGUAUUGGUAUGGUUCUAAUUGUAGAGAAGGAAAAUGUUGCUAGAGUCACUGAACUAUUACAACAAGAGGGCGAAAAGGUCUAUGAAAUUGGUGUUCUAGUGGAAAAAUCAUCUGACCAACCAGGCUGCAUUGUCGAAAAUGCCAACAACUUAUACUGA